CGCGUUCCUUUUGAAUUUCACAUGUUGGAUAAAGGGAUGAUGACGUUAAAAAGGUCGAACGAUCGCUAAAGUGUCGAGUUUAUUGUUUUAUUCAAUCCAGAAUCGUUACUUGCUCGUUUCCUUGGGGGGGAGAUUGCUUGAACUCUUUAUUUGCAAUAAACCAUUGUUGUUUUGGUUUUCUUGCAAGGAAAUGCCUUCACUCCAAUGCCCACCGCAGUCAUCUCCUUUGAGUAAAUUGCCCUUUUGGCAGAUCAAAAAUUUCCAUAAUCCAUCGCCAGUCAGCACACUUGAACAGGUCUUGGCAUUUUGAUGACUUUUUAAACGCCUCCAGAUUCCCUUGUCCUUGUGCUUUCUUGAAUUUUACUUUUGGAACAUGGACAUGGAAACAGAAUAUACCAUCAUCGAACCUUCGGAUGAGACCGAGGUCGUUCUUGGCAGGACUGCUGAAGGAACAGACAUUUCAGUACAAGGAGAUCCGUCGGUGUCACGUACGCCAAGAGAGAAAAUGACCAAUGUCUUUACGGGUUUGCGUUUUCUGGUAGGCGUCGCAUCAGCAGCGAGCGAAGUGGGCUUUGCAGCCGCCAAGCUCGGUACCAAAUUCGGGAUCGGUAUCGCCCGCGGGAUCGUCGACGGUGUCGGUGAAGCAACCGGUCUCGACGCUACAGGUGUCACACCCCUCGUCUCCAAUACACUAGCCUUUGCAGAGUUUUGCGCCAUAGCUGGCAUAGAGACGGGUCGCUUCUGGACAAAAUUUGGCAUCUCCACUGCUGACAAUAGCGUCAAGGCGCUCAACCAUGUAUUUGGAUCCAGCGAAGUGGCAACAGCAAUCCGACAAUUUGCUGCAUUGGUCAGAAGAGAAAUGUCGGAAGGGGAGAAUGGUUUGAGUUUGGCGGAUAUUGGUACCGUGGACACUGUGCGAGCUUUGAUGGCGUGGGUAUCUCUGCAAUCCACCACUUCUCUCCUAUGGGAUUACGACGCAGUCAAUUCAGGAAAGACCUUGGUGCUUGAGCAAGGUGGUCCCAUAAUAGAAGAACCUGAUGAGCCGGUAGAAUGGACUCAUGUGGAGGGCGCCGCCGCGGUCGAGGGAAGUAUUGGAACGCCUUCUGCGGACACAUCCGAACCCAACCCAGCAGAUACCGAUACCACCCAAGAACUUGUUGCCGAUCUUCGUCGCUACAUAAAGUUUGCAACAGGAAGCUACGGGCGCAACUACAUUGGCGCCCUCAAUGGCCAAAUACCCACAUUUGGCUUUGCAGCCGAUCCAGACCCCCGUCACGUUCCCGCAUCUGCUGAACACCAGUUUUUCGCCUCACACACCGAUACACCCCUCGAAGGAAUAUUUCAUUCCACCCAUGACACGGACGGCUUUGAUGACAUUUUCGCCAACCACCAGACCUACAAACCCACUUUAUACGUCAUUGCUGACCACGCCGCGCACCAAAUCAUUGUCUCCAUCCGCGGCACUCAAUCCUUUCACGAUGUCCUGGUGGAUCUUACUUGCGAAUACGACUUUUUUGACGACGAACAGGUGCAUUCUGGCAUGAUGCGCGCCGCUCAAGCUUUGGCGGGGGUCAACCACGUUGCACGCGUCCGUGAAUCCGUCCAGAGCCUCUUGGAACAACACCCGUCCUAUUCCCUCCUUCUCACAGGUCACUCCCUGGGCGCCGGUCUGGCGACUUGCCUCGCACUCGUGUGGACGGAUCGCUCGACAGGUACAAUCCCCUCUGAAAGCGGUCUCCCAGCCGGGCGCAAUGUCCGUUGUUACGCCUUUGCGCCACCUUGCGUUGUGACACCCGCACUAUCAGCUUCGUGCACGUCCUUUAUUACGUCUUUUGUUUUUGGCACGGAUUUAGUCUGUCGUCUCUCCCUCGGCUCUGUACGCGAUCUUACUCGCGUGGUAGCCUGGCUUCAUACUCACCCAUCCGAGCGGGACGAUCUUCUCCAGCGCGUGGCAUUUGCCCAGGGAUCUGAUAGUUUUGACAACGGAGGGGAUAUUGACCUCCGUCGCCGAAUCGAACGGGAAUGCAUGGUGAAUGAUAAGUUGUACCCUGCUGGACGUAUCGUAUGGGUGCAGGAAACGGAUGGCGUGCUAAAAGUCAUUCAAGUGGAGAGACCGUCCAAGGCUUUAGGACAGAUUCUGUUUACCAGAACGAUGGCGAGAGAUCAUUUACCUAACGUCUAUUCGAAUGUGGUUCAGAGAUUGUAGAAGUGUUGUUGGCUUUAUUUUCGCUUUUGAUAUUCAGUUUUUUAUAUUAAUGACUUUUAUAUAGUGAGCUCGUUUGUUGGCUUCAUUUACGUAGUGUCCUUGCUUGUUGAGUUUUAUUGGUUUUAGCUUCUUACUGUUGUAGUUUGCAUGUACAUGUUUUAUCACGGUGAACACGUUACUGCUUAUUCAUGUAUAUAUCGUUCCUGGCACACACAUGGUGCAUUCUCCGUGAAAAUAUAGAAAGAUGUGCAGCAGA